AUGCUGGUCCUUUACGAAACUCCCGCGGGAUAUGCUUUGUUCACCCUCCUGGAUGACGGCAAGCUUGAGAAGCCCGAUUCUAUCUGGAAAAGCUUUGAGACCCCCGAGCAGGCCAACAAGACUGUGAAGUUGAGGGCUUUCACCAAGUUCGAGAACACCACCGAUGCCUUGUCCGCUGUCACUGCCUUGGUCGAGGGAAAGCUCUCCAAGAACUUGAAGGAGUUUUUGUCGAAGGAGAUUAGCGAGAAGGAGAUGAAGAAGGAGUCGCUUAUUGUCGGUGACGCCAAGCUUGGUGGUGCUAUUGCCAAGAAGUUGAACAUGAAGGUCGUCUCUGACUCGACCACUCUCGAUCUCUACCGUGGUAUCCGUACGCAGUUGGAGUCGCUCCUCUCCGGAUUGUCAUCCUCGGAUCUGUCGGCCAUGGUCCUGGGUCUGUCUCACUCUCUGUCCCGUUAUAAACUCAAGUUCUCUCCCGACAAAGUUGACACGAUGAUCGUUCAGGCCAUUGGUCUGCUGGACGACCUCGACAAGGAGUUGAACACGUAUGCGAUGCGUGUCAAGGAAUGGUACGGCUGGCACUUCCCCGAGAUGACCAGGUUGAUUGUCGACAACCUGGCCUAUGCCAAGGUCGUGAAGAAGAUGGGCUUCCGCGCCAACUGCUCGUCGACCGACUUGUCGGAUAUUCUUCCAGAGGAGCUCGAACAGGAGGUCAAGGAGGCUUCUGAGAUCUCGAUGGGAACGGAGAUUUCGGAGGAGGAUUUGGAUAACAUUCACGCGCUUUGCGAUCAGAUCAUCUCCAUUACCGAAUACCGCACCCAGCUGUACGAAUACCUCAAGAACCGCAUGAACGCUAUCGCGCCCAACUUGACGGCCCUUGUCGGUGACUUGGUCGGUGCCCGCUUGAUUGCCCAUGCGGGUUCGUUGAUGACCCUGGCCAAGCACCCAGCCUCGACGAUCCAGAUCCUCGGUGCGGAGAAGGCUCUGUUCCGGGCCUUGAAGACCAAGCACGACACACCCAAGUACGGUCUGAUCUACCACGCCUCAUUGAUCGGUCAGGCAGGCCCCAAGAUGAAGGGAAAGAUUGCGCGUAUGGUUGCGACCAAGGCUGCUCUCUCAAUCAGGGUCGAUGCCCUCGGUGAAACAGACACACCCGAUCUCGGUAUUGAGAACCGUGGCAAGAUCGAGGCCCGCCUCAGGAUGUUGGAGGGUCACUCUGGCAAGAGCAACGGUGCUGAUCGCAAGAACGCAGCGAACGCCAAGAACAACCAGAAGAAGCACGAGUUUGUGGCCUCGUCAUCGUACAACACUGCUGCGGAUGUGACGAUGAAGUCGGCAUCAGAAUCAAGCAAGAAGCGCAAGGUCGAGUCGGAGGACGAGAGCGAGAAGAGCAAGAAGGUUAAGAAGGAGGACAAGAAGGAGAAGAAGGAUAAGAAGGAGAAGAAGGAGAAGAAGGACGAUGAGGAGAAGAAGGACAAGAAGGAGAAGAAGGAGAAGAAGGACAAGAAGGAAAAGAAGGACAAGAAGGACAAGAAGGAGAAGCACUAA